AUGGCGACUGCGACUGAGAUCCAUUUAUCGCCCGCUACGGACUCGGGGGUUUUCACGGCCGGGACCACGGAAGAAGCCGCGCGCGCAGCGAGCGAAGUCUUGCAAGAGGAUAUGGAAAAUCACCAUGUCUUCUUCAACGAUGAAGGAUUUCAUAACCACAUACCACACGGGGUUCUGAGCAUUUUUUCUCUCGGAGCAUCACCGGAUGAUAUUCGAAAGAAUUAUGUUCGGAAUAGAAGCUAUCAGAGACCGGCUCGGCCUGUUGAUAGGAAUGUCGUUGAGGGUUUCCAUGACCCGAUCAAAUUCCAAGAGGCCUUUCAUAAGGAGGAGAAUUAUUCUAAUUACUUAGUCUUCUUCCAGGAGGAGAUUGAUGCGAAGGGUGUGGGUGCUGUGCUGAACGAAUACGUUUUUGCUGGUGACCAGCGAGCGGAGAGUAUGCUGUCGAGAUUAUUUGGAGGCCUCGUCCACCCUCUAAUCCAUCUCGGAUUCGGACUGGAAUUCAACCAACCAGCCAUCGUGGCCCAGGCACUCGCGCAAGCUGCCGUUCAUGAUGACUGGAUAGGUCGUGAGUAUUUCCUGCCGGCGGAGAAACUAGCAGGUGGGAUCGGGAAGCGGGGAGAAAAGUCACUACUACAGCUUCUGAACGAGAUUCGGGCCGACGAGAAAUUGGCGCACAGCACCAAAUUCACUGAUGGGAAUAAGAUUCGUGAGGGGCCGUUGAGUCGGGCUGGUGAUGAGAUGUUGAAAUAUGCGGCUCAGUAUACCGUUUCUGAGGAUCAGAUUCAGGAGCGGAUUGCUGAUAUGAUUAAUACCGUUGUGUACUACACGAGUGCCGCCCAAAGACCCGACAAGAAAGUCAAGAUAGACUUCUUCUUCAUCCACUGCGUCAACUCGUCGAUAUUCUUCUCCAAAAUUGCCCAGCUUCCCUUCCUAGACACACAGGCCAAGCUCCGUCUACUGGAAUGGAAGGGUCGUAUGGAUCUCGUGAUGUAUGUUUCACGCGGCUCGCCUGAGCUACGCCGAAACGAGGUCACACAGUACCCCGUGACGAACGAUUGGCCGACUUUAUUUUCACGGGCUGUCAAACAUCCCGGUGAUGAUGGACAUCUGGUCAAACUUGUCAGAGCGCUGGCGCAUGGGGAGGAGGUUUGUCGGGUAGCGGAUAAAGACUCGCAAAUGCCUGUCUCUGGGGAUAUGUGGCUGAGAAUUGGUAAUAUGGCUAUUGACUCCACUGUUGAUGGACUUGAUCAGGGGGCGAUGUGGAUCCGGUCAACUGGGUUCGAUGAGGCGUGGACGAAUCUGUCUGGAAGAUCUCGUCUGUGA